AUGGCUCUUCAACGAUCUAGUGAUCCUCUAGUCUGGAUCGACUGUGAGGUUCGACCCCCGUUCCACUCAGCUUCUUCGUAUAGAAGGAAGUCUAUCCAGCUAACCAAUGAGGCCGGCGGCAUGCAGAUGACGGGUCUCGAUCCGGCAAAUGACCACAUACUGCAGAUAUGCUGCUACAUCACAGACGUGCAGCUUAACCUGCUCGAACCUGAAGGCUUCGAGGCCAUCGUCCACCAGCCGCAGGACGUCCUCGACCGCAUGAAUGCCUGGUGCAUCGACACCCACGGCCGCUCUGGCCUAACAGCUGCCGUGCUCUUGUCCCCCACGACGGCCGAAGAGGCAGCCCGCGGCCUGCUGGCCUACAUCAAGCAGUAUGUGCCUACGCAACGCACCGCGCUGCUGGCCGGGAACAGCGUGCACGCCGACCGGGCCUUUCUCGCCAAACCGCCGUACGCACAGGUGCUGGACUGGCUGCACUACCGCAUCCUGGACGUGAGCAGCGUGAAGGAGGCCGCUCGACGAUGGGCCAGCGAGGAGGUGCUGCGGGAUGCGCCGGCGAAGAAGGGCGUCCAUCUGGCGCGGGAGGACAUCCUGGAGAGCAUCGAGGAGAUGAAGUAUUACCGCCAGAAGCUGUUCCCCUCGUAG